ACUAUUAACAUUGACAGCGCAGUCGGGCUGCGGCCGUCAUGGAUCGCAGUUAGAGCGUCGCGGGCCUGUUAGAUGGCACUUUAUUGUCCAAAGUUUACAUUAACAAUUAAUUGAUUUCUUUAUAAUUUAUUAAACGUUUUACAAGAAUAAGUUGAUCUUAUUUUAUUCGUAAAUAACUUGGUCGCGAACAUGGCUGUGAACGUGUGUUGUUGUGUUGAAUUGUCGCCUAACAAAAAAUCGAUUUUUGGAUUGAGAAUGAAGAGCCAAAUAUUGUAUUUUGUAUUGUUUAUUGGCUUUUUGGUGUCAGUAUCGGCAGCGGACUCGGAAUUGUCUUGUGCUAAUGUGAAGACAUUAUUUGAAAAGAAAGGAAUGUUGGCGAUGAUUGACUUGCAAGAACAGCCUAAUUCAGACGCGGGAGAAUUGUGCGCCAACAAGGGCUGCUGCGGGCCGUCCGCGCGGCCGCGCCUCACGCAGCAAGCAAGGACGCAGUUGGAGGGACAACUGCGCACCGAGCUGACCAAGCUGGCCGAUGUGCUGGGCAACAAGGCGAAGAAGUUUGAUGAAUUCUUCCGGAAACUUCUACAAUUGUCCCGUGAAGAAUUCCACGCUAUGUUCAAACGGACAUAUGGAAUGAUCUACGAACAACACUCGUAUGUCUUCGUGCAACUGUUUGAGCAAUUGGAGAGGUACUACACACGCGGCGACACGGACUUUGAUUCAAUGAUGGACAGCUUCUUCGGAAUACUCUAUCAGAAGAUGUUCACGGUACUCAAUUCGCAGUAUAGUUUCGAUGAGAAGUACCUCAAAUGUGUCAGCGAACACAUGCGAGACAUACAGCCAUUCGAGGACGUGCCGUCGAAACUGUCCGUGCAACUGCGGAGGGCGUUCGUUGCGACGCGUACCUUCUAUAAGGCACUGCGCGCCGGCGCCGACGUCGUGAGGAAUAUGAUACAGGUUGGAGUGAGCCAAGAGUGCGUGACAGCGUGGGCGCGGCUGCGUUUCUGCGGCUCGUGCGCCGGCGACCCGACGCUGGCGUGCAGCCGCUACUGCCACAACGUCAUCCGCGGCUGCCUGCCCGCGCACGCCGACCUCAGCGAGCAGUGGGACGCGUAUGUGGAUGCUGUGGAAAAAGUGGCCGACCGCCUGCUCGGUCCGUUCAACAUAGCAAUGGUUGUCGGACCAAUCGACAUAAAGAUAUCUGAGGCCAUCAUGAGCUUCCAGGAACGCAACCAGGAGAUCUCGCAGAAAAUCUUUUCGGGCUGCGGUAAGCCCGUCCUAGGCGGCGGCGGCAGUUCAGGCCCGUUCUUCGCGCCAGAUCGGACGCGAAGAUUCGCACGUUCCCUACCGGAUAUGGACUGGAAUAAAGCCAAUGACGUAGACGAUUUCGUGAUAGAAACGUCGCUAGAGACAGUCGUCAAUAACGACCCGUCACUGAACAGCCUCCGGACGCCGGAGGACAUUAAAAGAGUGACGGAGGAGAUGCAAGAGCAGGCGAAGUCGAGGUCUCGAUUCUUGCAGUACAUGAGAGGGGAUAUAACAUUGCAGCAAUUCGAGGAACACGAAAGGGAGAGGGAAAGGAGAGAUGCGGAUCCCGAACCGUCGGGUGAGAUCGACUACAGGUCGUAUGAGUUUGACGGGAAGCGGGGUUCGAAGAAGAAGAAGCCGGCGACUAAAGUUGAAGAAAAUCACGGCGCGGAAGGCGGGCCGGCGCUGGAGCGGCUGGUGCGCGAGACGCGCGCGCGCGUGCGCAGUUCGCGGCGCUACUGGGCGCACCUACCCGCGCUGCUGUGCGCCGCCGCCAGCGUCACCUCCGCGCCCUGCUUCAACGGCACGCACGUCGCCACUUACACGGCGAUAGCGGCGGGCGACGGCAGCGCGGCGCUCGCGUCGAACCCGGAGGUGCGCGCGGCGCCGCCGCCGUCCGGCGCGGCGCGGGCGCAGCUCGACUCGCUCAAGACGCUCACCGCGAGGCUCAAGGACGCGUAUAACGGUGUGGAGGUUCAGUGGAAGGAUUCCGCUGAAGAUCUACAAGCGGCUGAAACGAAUCUAGACUUGUUUGAAAGCGCUGGUUCGGGCUCCGGCUCCGGAGACCACAUUGAUGACAAUGACGACCUACCUGAUGAUGAUGAGGAUCGGGACGCUGGCAAUGACUACCCUGAAGGUUCCGGUGACCACCAAACCGACACAGAGACUACGGACAUCGACACGCACAGCCAAACACCGAUAUCGGAAGUGCCCAACAUCGUCGACUCGCCGGCUAUCAACAACGGCCAGCCGCGCCUGCGCACCGACCUCUCCGGUCCCAGCGGUGACGUCACCGGCGACGUCACCGGUACCGGCACCGACACCGAUAUCGACACCGACACCGAUACCGAUACCGGCAGCGACAGAAACCCGGUGCGCGAGCAGCCGGUGGCCGCGUCCGCUGACAGGCCGUCGUUGCAGAACGCCCUCUUCUCGUACGCUUUGCCCGUGGUGUGCGCGUGGUUCGGUACCAUCGUUACCGACUUGUUUUAAAUUUCAAAAGGCGAUGACAUUUGACGGGCCGACGCAUAAUAAUAUCUCACUGACUUAUACGCUGAACUUUUAAUCUUGACAUUUUGAGUUGGUAACUAGUUCAGUGUUAUAAUCUCGAUCAGUGUUGUAGCACAUAAAUGAUAAAUUCACCCACAAAAUGUUGUCGCCAAUGCAGCCUAGUCAGUGCGAGCGACGGUUUUGAAGCGGUCAUGUUACACGCACGAUCCUGUGAUAAAUUGAGGACAAUAUUACGGCAAGUUUUGACCACUUGUCAGUGUCAAGUCGAAUGAGACAGAUAAUAAAAGUGACGUUUAAACACAGAUUAUAAAUUGGUGGUUCGUAUCUCACGGUCGGAUAUCAAGUGAUCGACAAUAACGGAAAUAACUAUCCCAAUGAAUUUAGGUCGUAUUCGAAAAAAAAGUUUAGAGAAAUAUCAGCCAAAUUGUGUAUUUAUUUAAUGAUCUUGUAAAUAUUAACGUGUAAAUUAUGAUCGAUUUAGAUAGCGAAUGUUUUUAUUUUCACGUACUAUGUUUGUAUGUAAUUGUGUUUUGAGCCGAGUUGCUUCGCGUGCAGAAUGAUUUAGGAAUCGA